AUGACCAGUCCCUCAAAUGACGUGUCUAUCAAAAGAAAAAGAGGCAGACCCCCUAAGAAACAACCUCUCGAAGUCUACGAGUCUUUCACUUCACAAUUCCAGAUGUCUAUGACGCCGGCGAUAUCAGGCGUCGAAUUCAACUCUCAAUCAAUGAUACAAAUCGGAGAACCCAAUUGUGAUACCCCAACCAUGGAGGUUUUCUCCAAAUGGACAGCACCUAAGAAGAGAAACCAAAGUGUGGCGAGGCGUAGAAGCAAGGAUUCUUUCGUUAUGGAUGUGUAUCAAUCACCUGGCUCCCAAUCCAGCUUAGACUCGCCUAAAAUGAUUCAAAGAGGCUCUACAAGUAGCCUCAAAGCUCUUCAUAUACCAAUUCAGAACUCUAAUUUUUACUCUAAAGAGAUUUCGAGUUUUAAUUUCCCUCAUAACAAUUGCUCUGAUGCCCUUGUAUAUAGUGGAGAAUGUCCUCUAGCGACGCCAUGCUCAGUGGAGUUUGCUUGUAAUAAAUCACCUUUGGAGAAAGAACAACCGAGAUUGGGAUCCUACCAAUCUGAAGUCGAUGCUUACUGGCAGUCUUGCCAGAGGUCAAUCAUUGAUGAUCAUGAAGUGAUUGGACAUCCACAGCUAGUCCCAACGUCUCCUUUGCAAUUGAAUGAUUUUCACGUUAUGAAAUGCCCUGGAUCCGGACAAAGUGAACUGGCGGAUCCGGAUUUUUUAUCUUUCAAUUUGGUUGUGGAUCACAAAGGCAUGGCAGCUCUAUCAUUUGGUGGCUCAACACAAGCAGACUUUUAUUCAUGUCUAUGA